UUGUUAUUACUGGUUAUGUUAUCAAUUAGUUAUCCAAGAAAGUCGGAUAUGUGGAUCAAUCACCCACAUGAGUAUAAAAAUGGUAUAUCGACGUAAAAAUAAAAGUAACUAUAAGAAUGUGACAGGUUAUCAGAACAGUUCCUUCGCUAGUGUAUUAGCAGUUUAUUGAAGUAUCUUACAUUACUUGUACACCUUAUAAACAUAGAUUACUAAAAUUAUAGAAGACACCUAUAAUUUGUUAACUUUGACAGAUAUUACACCCAACGCCGUAUAGAAAUCGAUUAAAUCGAUUAAAUACACAGUGAAUGUCUGCAUAAACAACGAGUACCUUACAAUCAAUAAAUUAGUUGGAAAAGGAAGUUAAUUAACAUUGCCGUGAAUUUCGAAAAAUAUCAAGGUGCAAUUAUGUAAAUUACGAUAGAGGUAUGAACGAAAGCAAACUUGUAUAAGUUAAGCAAUACUACUUGCUUACGGGAAUAAGUUGUUGGUCAAAAUUAAUAUGGAUUUCCAUAGACCACUUGAGUAUGGGAAUGGGCGAAUAAGAACUGUUUCUAGAAGAAGUCAAGGGCUAACAGAGCAAGGCAUUUCUUAUACAGUUCACCACUAUGAAAGAGGUGUAAAAGAGUACAAAGAAAAGAUAACUCUGCUGAGACGAAAAUGUGAAGAGCUUAUACCACUGCUGAAGCGAAAAGUGAGGGAUAUUGAAAAUGAAGUAUUUGAGAGCGAUAUAUACUAUCCGCACCAAGAGAACAAAUUAGUUCGUCAUGACGACUUUGAAUUCGAAGGGUUCGGCUUUUAUAAUCAUGGUAAAAGAACUCCAAGAAAUUUGAUGUCGGACUUUGAUGAAUGGUUAUCAUUAGGAUUUGAGCUAUUUGAAGUAGAUACAUAUGAGCUAUUACACCAAUUGAAAACUCAGUGUAAACGUAAUGAAGAAGAAAUAUCACUUCUUAAAGGCGAGGAAGACAAGAAACAGAAAAUGAUAAGUCACUUAAAUGGUCAUAUCGAAAUAAUCGGGAGGGAUUUAGAAAAAUCAAAAUUGAAAAACGAAAAUCUCCGGCUAAAAAUCAAAAGAAUCCAAGAUCAAGUAAGGGCAACACUUGAUGAAAGGGAUCAGUUAAAGGAAAGAAAUGCAAAUCUUAAAAGAAAAGUGGCAGGUAGGUUUGAUUUUCAUACCCAUUCGGCAAUUAAAGGGAAAACUCAAUUAAAUCAUAACACAGAAAUGAACAUAUCUGACAGGGAGAUAUUAUUAAGAAAAAGAAUUGAUUCUGAAAUUGAACGCCGUAGAGUGAAAGAAAACCAGUUAUCCCAAGAAAAAAUGAAAGUUUGUAAUUUUCGGAGAGAGCAACAAAAGAUGAAAACUGAAUAUGAAAGAGCUUUGUCAUCACUAAAAAAAGAAAAGCUCGAUCUUGAAAAUAGUAUCAGAGUAUACACUGAAAAAAAUGAAGCUCUUGAAAGGAAAUUUAAUAGAUAUAAAAAUACUUCACCUGGUAACAAGUCUGCAUCAACUGACAAACGGAAGACACGUGCCAUUUUAGUAAAUGACAACGCACACAAAAAAUCGUUGAAAGCUGCAUAUAAAGAUAGAAAUGAGGGUGAAAAUGUAAAUUACACAUUGAGACAGAAGGCUGAGUGUCAUGGAAAAACUACACAAAUAUCUGAACUUGAGCAAAGACUGCAAGAAACAUCACGGACGUUAGAAAAUAAAAAUAGCGACUUAAUGGCUUUAAAAUCGGAGUUGGCUCAAUUUAAGAAACAUAUUGAAAGUUACAAAAUUAAAAACAAUGAACUGAAUAAAAGGUGUGAAAAAUUACAGAAAAAGAUCAAAGAUGGAGAAAAACUGCAAAUGCAAAUCUAUGAACAGGCUGAGGUACAACAAGGAGUUUUAAGGCAAGUAAGCAAAAGAGAAAGUAAACUAAUUAAGGAAAACGAAAUGCAAAAGAAAAAGAUUCAGCAGUUACAAAAUGAACAGCACCUAAGGAAAGAACAAACUAUUAAUCCUGAAAAAUAUAGGCAAAGCAGGAAGAUUGGGAACACUACAGAUGAAGAAAAGGCUGAAAUGGACCUGAGGAAGAAAAUGGCAAGAUUGAAGGAGGAACUUGAACAUGCAUUACGAAAACUACAAGAAACUGAAAUUGAACUCGCUGAAACAAAAACGAGACUGAGUAAAACAAUGGGCGAUAGAUUAACAGACAAUAAUCCCAACAUCGCCGAUCUAAGUGACAGAAAUCGGCCGACAAAACUGGCUGAGAAGUUUGCUGAGCUGUAUGACAAUCAAUGGACAGAUGCAUUUGACGUUUUAGAAAAACAUUAUCAAAACGAAGAAUAUGUUAUUGAAGCAUUGCUGCAGAUUUUGCAGGAUAUUAUGACAUUUUGUUGGGAAAAGGCAAACACACAAAUGAAGAACUUGGGCUUAGAGCUCAAACUGGCCGGCAGAGAUGACAAAGGAGAUAUAACAGUCGAUGUGCGAAAACUUCUGAAGGAGUGUAGAAAGGUCGUUGGAUUGACUACCGUGGGAAAUUUGCAAAGGAUGUACCAGUCGCAUCUAGAACAAUGUCCAAAUAAACAAGUAAAGGCAGCUCUUAAAGUCGGUAAAUUCACAGCAGAAUGUGUGGAGAUAUGUUGGUUUAUGGUGAUACAAGACCCACCUGUUGUCUUUGCUCCUUUGCUUAGUAGGGGUGAAAAUUUUAACAACGACUACUACAAACCGUACACAAUCAGUGGACCAAAAGUUGAUUACGCUGUGUGGCCUCCCCUUUUAUUACACGAAGGUGGUCCGAUACUUGCAAAAGGUGUGGCACAGGGUUGUGGCAAGAAAGCUGCUUCAUGAAUUUGUAUGACAGCUUAACAGUUUUUUUUAAAGAUCUUUUUCGUAUUUCGUUUAUAUUUUAUUAGUUAUGUUUGAUAUUCACAAAUAUCGCCAAUCGUACUACUCAUGACCUCAAUGGAGGGGUUAUAUUUCUAUUUUUCUGAAUAGUUAGUCAUCAUCGUUUUCUUUAUUGUAGCGUUUAUAUUUGGUAUAUUCUGCGGUAUGUUUUUUAUCUAUUUAUCUAUUUUAUAAAAAUAAAUUAUCAUAUUUAUACAUCUAUUAUCCAUGCGUAUAUGAGAAUACCUUCUCACAUAUUAUCGGAUAAUUGUGUAUUUUACAAAUUGCUUCGAGUAUCACACAAACUAUGUUAUUUGUACAAAUCAAAGAAAAAAGCGUUGAUUAGGUUUGUCGAAUUGCAGAAUUUUAAAGUCGAAGAGUGAACAUCCGCUGUCAGUUAUCUACAAAAUUAAUGUAGAUUUAUUUUAAUACCGGUAUCUUUGGACUUAAUUAGAAUAAGAGAAAAAGCGCAACGUAUUGUAUGCGUAUUUUAAUAAAUGUUUACAGUUUUGUAACAGUAAGUAAUAGUUGGAAUAUAUAUUCCACUUGUCUUAAGAAUUGUCUUUUUAUAUUUUGUAUCUAUUGUUCUUAUAUUUAAGCCUGCAUCUUAUAGUUUUUUAUCCUUUUAGGUGUUGUUCAUUUAUUAAACGGAAUAAUUUGCGUGUGCAUAAACAUAAUCUGUCUUUUUCAUUAAUAGUUUUUAUUGUUACAAAGGUUAAUGGAGUUGAAUAACCCCUAUAUAAUUAGUUCAUAAUUAUUCAAGUUAAAAGUCGCAUCCACGCAUUCUCGCAGUAAUGCCGUAAAUAGUGUUUGUUCGAUACUAAAAUACCUUACAAAACAGUGGCAAAAAAUAUUUUGUUUAUUGAAACCAUUGAACAAAUAAGAUUUGAUUAACUAUAUUAGUAUUACUGAUGCAGAUUUUGCUAUGAUUUGUAUUGUUUAUCACACCAUUAUAUCAAUGCGUAUCCCAAUAUUGUGUAUCUAUUAGGUUUAUUAUGAAACAUUUAUGGAAUGAUUGAAACCUGUUAUUCUUUACAAUUUAACUGAAAGGUAUGUUAUUUUCAAUAAAAACGUGAUUUCUGCAAUUGUGUUGUU